AUGAAAAGUUCCAUUUCGGCCAGUGGAAGCACAAUGGUGUGGGAUCAGUUCUUGGUCUGUCAAGGUUGUUCUGGGAAAAAAAAUUCCUUAAUAAGUUAUAUGGAGAUCAGCUUUGACAGUAUUAUGUUAAUGCAGGUCCCAGGGCAGAUAGCAGCUGAGACAAAGAAGUUGCAUGGGGAAAGUUACCUCAUAACAGAGUCCUACAUAGGAACUCCAGGAGAAGCUGGACAAGAGUCCAAAGAAUGGGUUGCAGUGUCAGACAUGGGAGCCAUCAGGAUGCCUUUACAGCAGCUGUGGAUUGAAAAUAGUCAGGUCCAGCAAGAGCAAAGAAACCACACCGCAGAACCUGUAAUAGAUGACUAUAAAAAGAUGGGGACUCUCUUUGGCGAACUAAACAAGAGUCUUAUCAGAAUAGGCUUCACAAGGAUGUACUUUGGAGAACGGAUAGUAGAACCUGUAAUCAUUAUAUUCUUCUGGGUUAUGCUCUGGUUUCUUGGCCUACAGGCUCUUGGACUGGUUGCUGUUCUGUGCCUUGUCAUUAUUUAUGUUCAACAGUAA